AUGUGUCCGCGCGUGUCCUGUUACAAAACUGAAAACAAAAAUACAUUUUAAUUUCUUAUACAAUAGUUGUUUUUUUGUGUGUUUAACUGCUCUGCGGCCGCGUGAGCGCGCACGGGGCAGUGGUGCGCGCGGCCCGGGGUCGCUCGGUCCUCGCAUCAGCAUCACUCCGGCAGCGCAGGGUUCAACUCACAGGUGCUUCUCUCCGCUGCUGCUGCUGCUGCAAAAAAAACAAAAAAAAACAAAAAACAAAACCUGGCACUAUAAGUAUUUAUUUGAUUUUGCACGGAAUCUAGGAGCUCCGGGACGAUCUCUGAGAGACGAUUUCAACAAGAACGCUCGAGGGAUUAACGGGAUUUACACUUCAAGAUGUGUGGUAUGGACGUGGACCUGGAUGACGGGGGUUCAGGUGAGGAGGAAAAAGAGGAGCAGCUCUGGAUCGGGGAAGGAGUGAAGAUGCUGCCCCCUCCCGUGGCCCACAGUGGAGGCAGCGCAUGGGGCAGCCGCAGGGGCAGGUGCGGCUGCGUGGCCUGUGGGGCAGGUCUCAUUCUCUGGAACCUAUGCGUCAUCUUAGCCAGUGCUCUGCUCCUGGCUGUGGUCUUCUGCGUGGUGCUGCUGCCUGCGAUGCUGCUGCUCUACGUUGGUUUUCUCUGCCACUCCAGGGUCCUUGACGCCCGUUCUGCCAUCUGCCGUUACCUUGACGACAACAGCUGCUCCGCCCUCAUCAUCCUGGGCUUUGUGAUGAUGUCGCCGCUUGUGGUCGUGGCGGCCGCAAUCUUCUGUGGGCUGCUCCGAAGGUUUCGACUCCUGCUUCUCAUUCAGCCCAUCACACGUGCCUGGUACCGAGGGCGGCUGCUGGACUGGGCGGGCAGCAUCCACGCCUGGGUCUGAUCAGGACCAAAUGGGAGGCUCGGAGGGUCAGACAUGUUAACAGUCAGGAUGGAUCAGAAAGUUAAAUCAGUUUAAACUAGAGAGAGACAGGAGGUAGACACAUUAUCAGGAGGACAUUGUAAUAAAUGCAAUUCAAUACAAGAAGUCCAACAAUAAAUCCUUCAUUUCUGAAGCUUAUGAUCAGUUUUUGUCAAGACUCAACUAGAUGGUUGGUUUUAACAGAGAAAUACGCUUUGCUUUCUAGCUGAGAGUUAGCUGAGAGGAUUGAUACCACAAUCAAUUGAUCUUCUCAUUGAAAUAUUUCCCAAAAUGUCAAACUUUUCACUCAAGGCCAAGUUUUAUGAUGUGUUUGUAUUGGAUUGCAUAUUGGAAGCUGUCUCUGUUAUUUUGUCUACCCCCCUUGUACAUUUCAGGUCAUUUUGUGAUUUGCUGAGUCCAAAAAAUAAGAUUGUGCUUAAGUUCAUUGUAGCAAUCUCCACCUCAGUCUUAUUCGGCUUCACUUUAGAAAGUUAAUGAUAUUCUGAGAUACAAUGAGUGGCAUCUUUAUACUUUAACCUCACAUACAAAGAUCACAUAGAACAUAUUCUGUACUCAUUUUAUUUAAGUGAACAAACAUUUUGGGACAGCAUAGAGGAACGUACAGGAGGAACAUAACUAUUUUAAUCUUUUUGAAGAGUAAAGGAGAAAUGUAGGAUUUUCAGACAACUUUCAACUCACGACGACUCAAAGAACUUUCAUUUUAUCUUGACAAGGUAGUAGUUUGAUCACAAACUGGUGUAUGAUGACAGUAUUCAGUUUUAAUUUGUGUAUAAAAUGAAUAUUUUUGUGGUUUUGUAUUGCCUGUUUGCUAACUAUGUUGACAUGGUUACAUAUGAGACUUUCUCAGAAAUGUAUUGCUGUGAGGUUAUUUGUAGUUUCAUCAGAACUCGAGCAAGAAGUAAAUUUGGUCCAGUAUGUUGGGGCUCAAUUCCCUUCAAAUACUCUCAAAAACAGGGUGAAAAAUGUAAAAAAAAAAAAAAGCAGCAUACAAGUACUUUAAUAUUAUCUGUGAUGGGAAUUACUGUAAAAGGACAAUGAUGUUUGUACUUCUUGGACAAAUGUAGCAUCAUUAGCAGUCAUGUCUUGUACGAGGGUGUAUUGGAAACAUAUUUCAUUUUAGUGGGUCUUCUAGAUGACAUCGUGCCAUUAAAAAAACAAAAAAAACAAAACACCAUUAUAAAAACAACAGAAGUUGACAGAACGACAAAGAAAUGGCUGUUUAGUGGGAUCCAGAUGUUAAAGUGGGGUUUGAAUCAUCAGAAUAGGAGCUCGUUCUGCUGCCUCUUUGCUUUCUGGUCAUUUAAAUUCAUCGGUGACACAUGUGCCGCACAUCCUUUUUAUCUGUGUGUCCCUGCUCGCUAAUUAAGUGUUCAGAUUUGAGCUUUCAUUUCUCAGAGGAAAGCCUUGAAUCAUGUUUUAUGAGGAGCAGUUAUUACUUGUCCUUUGUGGUUCUUAUCAUAUUAAAAUAUAUUGAUUUUCAUUUAAACGUAUUCAUUUGUGUGGCUUGUCUGUGCCUGUUCAUGUCUGUGCUGUUAUUGAUCCAUUGUAUGUAAAUUGUUGGUUUACAAUAAUGAAGCCCUGUUGGUUCCAGUAUUGUAGCAAACUGUACAGGAAAAGGGGUGAAAUCUAUAUCUUUUUAUUUGGCCAUGUUGUGUGCUGGUAAAUAUCACAGCUGGAAUAAUUUAUUGGAAAGAUUACGGUGGAUAAUCAGGUCUGAUUUUUGUUUUUCAUUUCCAAAACAGACACACAUUGUCAUGUUCAGAUAAAUAAAA